AUGAGUCAUAAUCUUAUUGCAUCCAUCCAGCCAUCCGGACCAGGCUUGACACCGCUCAGUCUCUCAUACUCCACCUCUCACUUGCGCCCCAAUGUGCCUCUGACAGGCUCUACCACAGAAUCUUUGGAUCAGCGCCACAGCCAACAAGCCAGUGAUGGUUUAUGCUCCGACUUCGAACGAGAGGCUGAAACAUACGAUCCGCUACCAUCAGUCCCGGUGUCUGAAUCUUCGUUAUUACCUUCGUCUUUGUCCUCUCCUUCCAAGUCUACGACUUUUUUGCGUCUUUUGGUCAUCAAGAAUUAUUUAACUAAGGCACGUCGUUUGCUAACGCGUGUUCGCUUCGAGAUGAGCCAGGCCUUGGCUGUCGCGUCAUUCGAGUCCAGUUAUGGGGACAAAGCCCUAAUUAGAGAACCAAAUCCACUUCAGCAAGAUUCUGUGGCUUACGGCGAAACUGUAUUUGCAUCCGAUACCAAGGAGGCUCGCAUCGCUCAGCGCCGCGGUCAACCAACUGGUUAUAGAAUAGAUGAAUUAGAGUCAACCUUGGAUAAGAUUACUGCCAGAUCCAGAGAAGGUGGGCUUUUCAUGGAGCUAAGUGAGGCUACGCGUUGCUCGUUUGUGGCCUUGGUGCUUAUUGGUGAGUAG